AUGUCUUUACAGAAUGCUUCUAUCAAAGUAACACACUUCAUUAUAGGUGGUUUUGACACAGUCAAAAGGCCGGUGGCAGUUGGUGUGGUUAUGCUGAUAACCUAUCUUCUUGCUGUUUUUGCCAGUUUGGUAAAUAUCCUCUUCAUUGUUUUUGACAAGCAGUUACAUAAACCCAUGUAUCUUCUCAUUUGCAACCUUGCUGUUGUUGACAUACUGUAUACCACUAGUACUACUCCGACAAUGAUUGGGGUUCUACUUGCUGGUGUUAAUACCAUAUCCUAUGUGGAGUGCUUAAUUCAAAUGUGUGCUUUUCUCUUGGGAACAAUAAUGGAGUUGUUUGCUUUAACAGAUAUGGCAUUUGAUCGACUAAUUGCUAUAAUUUGUCCUUUUCACUAUGAGAGUUAUUUAACUAAUACAUGCACACUCGUAAUUACAUACAUUCUGUGGAUUGUUGCCUGUGCUUUUGUGGUUUCUAUGCUUGCAGCAGUUGUCCCUCUCCCUCACUGCAGCUCAAGGCUGAAGUACACUUUCUGUGACUUUGCUGCUCUAAUACGAAGCACUUGUGCUGACCCUGAUAAAUAUUUCAAUCAAGGUGCCAUUAUAGCAUUCACUGUGUUAGUUUCCACAUUCAUUUUCAUUUGUCUCUCUUAUUGUGGGAUCUUAUUUUUUGUGAAAUUAUCUUCAAAAAAAGAGAAAAAGAAAAUGGGGAGCACUCUUGUGAGUCACCUCAUUUGUGUAAUAUGCUUUUACUGUCCUAUAUUUGUCACUGGUAUCUUGACCAGGUUUGGUGUGGUAUUAACCCUCGAAGAGCGCCACGGUUUAUUAAUUGGAACCAUCCUCGGCCCAUCCCUUGUUAAUCCUUUUGUGUACUGUCUUAGGACAAAAGAAAUUAAAAGUAAGAUAUUUAAGAUAUUCAAAAAGUUUGGCACUUUUGGCUAG